AUGCCACGGGUGGUGGGUGCGCGCGCCGAUUGCAGUUCACAUCGUAUUGGCCGAUCCGGACAGCAGCGGCUAACACCAGCUGAGGCCGCUGCGGCUCAGAUGUGGAAGCAGGUGCAUCAAAGCAUUCACCAGGGUAAUGAGGAAAAAUUGUUGGAUGCCAUUGAGACCUUGGAAAAGGAUGGUCACAUGCAUGAGGGCACCUUUGCUUGGACAGCUGCUGAGCUAGCGAUCCAAAGUAGGUUUGAUGUUCCCACUCAUGUUGCCGCUUGGGCUGCUGAGGAUGUCCUUGCGAAUUUUGGCACCCAGCCAGCCAGAUCAAACUUGACCUUCGUAAGUGCCAAUGUGACCAGGUGGCGCAAAGACCUGGCACCCUGGAUAGGGCAGCACCGCCCGUCUGUGUGCAUCCUCCAGGAAACACAUGUCCACCCGGACCAGGGCGAUCUCAUUGUGAAUCAUGCUCUUUCCGGCUUUUUCGCUAACCUUAGUGGGGCCAUCGAGCUUUCGGUGUACGGUGUCAUGCAAGGUCGCGGAAGCAUCCCAAAGAUGAUCAGAAGCAAACUUCUGACUCCAGUCAUGCCGGCUGCAAGUUGGGGGGGUUCAGAAACGUCCUUUUGGAAUAGAGUUGUGGUGUGGCUUGAAGCCUGCGUAAGAAAGUUCCAUUCAAGCUCCUUUGCUCUUGGGGCCGCCAAGCGUAUACCUGAAAUGUGGCAUGGCAACCAUUCACAACAGGAGGCUUUCGUUACAGACUUGGUAGCCCUGCUCAGGGAUCAUAGCGAAGCGUUGGUCCAGCCCUUACUCCAGGUCGCGCGUGAGCAGCGUAAAUAUCAUGCCCAGGCGUGGGCGAAACAAAAGAGCUCAUCCUACAUAUGCUGGUUGAAACACUCCUCCCAGAAGGGCAUGAGGCCCCUUUUCAGGAGUGUCAAAGCUGAAGAGGCGAUCCACGUCAGACCUUUUACGGAUGCGCCGGUUCAGGAGCGCAUCUACCUCCGAUGGAGGCAGUGGUUCGACUUGUGGACGCAGCCUACGGGUGUGGAUCCUGAGUUGCUUUGCGAGCUUCGCCGCAGGGCUGUUGAACAAGCCGGGUCACUUGACCCCAUCCCUUUAGAUAAAGCGGUUGCGUACUUCAAGAAAGUACCCACUAAAGCCCCUGGCUUAGAUGGAUGGACGUGUGAAGUCUUGCACAAUCUUCAGCCAAACGCAGUGCAGGCAAUCCUUGACUUUUUCCGCCACUGUGAGCUUGAAGCGUCGUGGCCGGAUCAGUUUGUGUUUUCCCUAAUCGCCCUUUUGCCGAAAAGUGAUAAGCGAGAACGACCCAUUGCGUUAAUGCACAUUUUGUAUCGCUCGUGGGUUCGCCUCCGGUGGAAGCUUGUAGCAGAUUGGCAGCGGGCCUACUCCCGGCAGGCUUCCUGGGACAAAGCAGUACCAGGUAGUCAAGUUUUGGAUGUUGCGCUUUCCAGGCUAGUUUUGGGGGAGUCGGUGAGGCAUCAGAAACAUCACUUGAUUACACUUUUUCUUGACCUGGAAACUUUUUACGACCGCUGCCGGUUUGACGAUCCGAUCAGGUUUCCAACUCGGCUAUCCGCCGCUAGUCCUUCACCAGGCAGUUCUCACUUACCUGGGGCCGAGGUUUGUUCAGUCAGAGGGCUCUUUGUGUCCUCCAAUCCUUCCCUCGAGGGGGGUGUUAGCUGGUUGUCCAGCUGCGCCCUCUGUCUCGAAGCUGGUGAUACACCCGAUAGCUGA